GAGUGGAUAUUUGGCUUUCUUUUUCAUUAGUAAUAAGAUUGUCUAUGCUCUAGAAAGCCUUCCAAGUGAGAACAUCUGAAAAUUACUAGGAUACAAGUAUGCCUUGUUCCAGCAAGUAGGCAGAUGGUGGAAGGCUGUACAGGGAAGUAGGAAAGGUAUUCAACUUGCCAUGCUGGGAAGCACUUCCAACACUGAUGCCAAUACCAUGUAAGCAGUAUUUCCCUCCUUCAGCAGCUGGCCUAAGAUCCUCCUGGAAAAUUUGGGUCCCCUCUUCCCACCCUUUGGCCAUUAAAGAUGUUGAAAGACAAGUUUCCUGGAAAAGUGAAGACCAAUUUACUUGUAUCUCUAAUGCUGAAGAGCAAUCCUAGUGCUCUGUCAAAAGCACUUAGGAAACCAGAUGCUUCUACUGGAAUCAAAUGGUCUUUCCGGAUGUCCAGGCCUUCUAAAACUCUGUAACCGUUGGUGGUCUCCCUCCCCAUUUUAUAAUUUUAACUUCUAACUUUUCCCCCUCCCAAAAGAAAAGCCAAUGUUACUGCAGGAAAAAAAAAAAAAUCAAGAGAAGUUUCCAGUGCUUCCUUUUAUUGAACUCUAGUCUUCUGAUUCAGGUCUGAGAUAAACUAAAAUGGAAACAUGUCCUCUACCACUUCUUUACACCGUAAGUGUUAAAUAUAAGUACAUGCAAUACAUUUUCUCCUUCAUGAAUCCUCUCUCUGCAAGGAUUUACACAGUGCAAUGGGUGGCAUUUUCUGUUGUUUCCAGACAACUUUCUUACACAUUCAUUUUAACUGCACUGUUUGGUAAAGGCUAUACACUAAUUUCCAAUGAAACAAACAGGGAGGGCAUUGGAGGGCCUGCUUAGUUGAGUCUACUUCUGCCCUGCGGAAUCUCUGCCGGGAAAGUCGUCCUGACGCUUCCUGUGUCUGUAUUUCAGGGAGCAGAUCUGACAGGCUGGACUCCCCACUGCUUUUCUAAAAAUCUGGGAAACUUUGUCCUUCAUUGAAUUACGACACUGUCCACGUUUAAUUUCCUCAAAAACGCCUGUAACUCGGCUGAAGGUUAGUGCAACUUCAUUUCUUUCACUCCCUUCCCAGAGUUCCCUAACAUCAAGAGACCAGGCAACGCCAUUUCCCUGGGCAAACCCUGUAACUUAAGGCUUUCCGGACCCAUCACCUUUGGAAGCCACUUUCUUAUUGUGCAAUUCAACUUCAGAGGGAUUUUUUCUAGAACGAGAUUUCGGAACCCGAGCUUCAGAGAGGCUGAUCAGAACGGGGGUGUCUAUGAAGGCGGGUGUGGGGAGGUGUUUGGAACUCUCUGGGAGUGCGGACCUCAAUAGCUUUCUAGCUCUGGGUCUUUAUGUGACCAGCCCUUCCACGCCCUGCACUGUUUUGGCUGCGGCACUCGCACUCUCCCGCCUUUCCUUUCGCGCCUCUGCUCGUUGUCUGACCGCCGCGGGCUGCCGGUGUAGCUCCAGGUGCUCCCGAGCCGGGGAGAAAGUGUUCAGUUGACCAGGCUGAGUGUAUAUUACCCUGUUUCAUUUCCAGCCAUGCCUUGUGUUCAGGCGCAGUAUGGGUCCUCGCCUCAAGGAGCCAGCCCCGCUUCUCAGAGCUACAGUUACCACUCUUCGGGAGAAUACAGCUCCGAUUUCUUAACUCCAGAGUUUGUCAAGUUUAGCAUGGACCUCACCAACACUGAAAUCACUGCCACCACUUCUCUCCCCAGCUUCAGUACCUUUAUGGACAACUACAGCACAGGCUACGACGUCAAGCCACCUUGCUUGUACCAAAUGCCCCUGUCCGGACAGCAGUCCUCCAUUAAGGUAGAAGACAUUCAGAUGCACAACUACCAGCAACACAGCCACCUGCCCCCCCAGUCCGAGGAGAUGAUGCCGCACUCCGGGUCGGUUUACUACAAGCCCUCUUCGCCCCCGACGCCCACCACCCCGGGCUUCCAGGUGCAGCACAGCCCCAUGUGGGACGACCCGGGGUCCCUCCACAACUUCCACCAGAACUACGUGGCCACCACGCACAUGAUCGAGCAGAGGAAAACGCCGGUCUCCCGCCUUUCCCUCUUCUCCUUUAAGCAGUCACCCCCGGGUACCCCCGUGUCCAGCUGCCAGAUGCGCUUCGACGGGCCCCUGCACGUCCCCAUGAACCCAGAGCCGGCGGGCAGUCACCACGUGGUGGACGGGCAGACCUUCGCUGUGCCCAAUCCUAUCCGCAAGCCUGCGUCCAUGGGCUUCCCGGGCUUGCAGAUCGGCCACGCGUCGCAGCUGCUCGACACGCAGGUGCCCUCGCCGCCGUCGCGGGGCUCCCCUUCCAACGAGGGGCUGUGCGCCGUGUGCGGCGACAACGCGGCCUGCCAGCACUAUGGCGUGCGCACCUGUGAGGGCUGCAAAGGCUUUUUUAAGCGCACGGUGCAGAAAAACGCAAAAUACGUGUGUUUAGCAAAUAAAAACUGCCCAGUGGACAAGCGGCGCCGGAAUCGCUGUCAGUACUGCCGAUUUCAGAAGUGCCUGGCUGUUGGGAUGGUCAAAGAAGUGGUUCGCACCGACAGUUUAAAAGGCCGGAGAGGUCGUUUGCCCUCGAAACCGAAGAGCCCCCAGGAGCCCUCUCCCCCCUCGCCCCCGUUCCAGGCGAACCCUGACUAUCAGAUGAGUGGAGAUGACACCCAGCAUAUCCAGCAAUUCUAUGAUCUCCUGACUGGCUCCAUGGAGAUCAUCAGGGGCUGGGCUGAGAAGAUCCCUGGCUUCGCAGACCUGCCCAAAGCAGACCAAGACCUGCUUUUCGAAUCUGCUUUCCUAGAACUGUUUGUCCUGAGAUUAGCUUACAGGUCCAACCCAGUGGAGGGUAAACUCAUCUUUUGCAAUGGGGUGGUCUUGCACAGGUUGCAAUGCGUGCGUGGCUUUGGGGAAUGGAUUGAUUCCAUUGUUGAAUUCUCCUCCAACUUGCAGAAUAUGAACAUCGACAUUUCUGCCUUCUCCUGUAUUGCUGCCCUGGCUAUGGUCACAGAGAGACACGGGCUUAAGGAACCCAAGCGAGUGGAAGAGUUGCAGAACAAGAUUGUAAAUUGUCUCAAAGACCACGUGACUUUCAAUAACGGGGGGUUGAAUCGCCCCAACUAUUUGUCCAAACUCUUGGGGAAGCUCCCAGAACUCCGUACCCUUUGCACACAGGGGCUACAACGCAUUUUCUACCUGAAACUGGAAGACUUGGUACCACCACCAGCAAUAAUUGACAAACUUUUCCUGGACACUUUACCUUUCUAGGACCUCCUCCUAUGUACUUCAACUGAACUGGAAAGAAACCUAAACUGUCCAGAGGGGGAAAGUCACAUGGGCAGAGAUAGAACCCUGAACUGCCUCAGCUCUAGCCACCCCCACCCCUUCUGCAAUCCCCCCAGCCCUUUGAAUCCCUAAAGAAAAAAAACAAAAACUGUUGCUAUUUCCUAACCUGCAGGCAGAACCUGAAAGGGCAUUUUGGCUCCGGGGCAUCCUGGAUUUAGAACACGGACUACACACAAUACAGUGGUAUAAACUUUUUAUUAUCAGUUUAAAAAUCAGUUUAUUGUUCAGAAGAAGGAUUCCUAAUGUAUGAUGGGAAAUGUUUGGCCAUUCUUGGUUGUUGCAGUUAAUACAAAUGUAACACACACACACACACACACACACACAUACACACACAUUAAGGGGACCCAUAAGUAUCACCCUUUAAAAGACUUCAAAGUUUUCUGCUGUAAAGAAAGCUGUAAUAUAUAGUAAAACUAAAUGUUGCGUGGGUGGCAUGAGUUGAAGAAGGCAAAGACUUGUAAAUUUACCCAAUGCAGUUUGGCUUUUUAAAUUAUUUUGUGCCUAUUUAUGAAUAAAUAUUAAAAAUUCUAAAGGAUAAGUGUGUUUGAAAAAAAAAA